AUGAGUUUGAAACGACCUAAUGAAAGUGGAAGUCUUGUACCAAUUGGUCCUCAACCACCAUAUAAACAAGCUCGUACAAAUGAAAAUACUCAACAAAUUAUUUCAACUCAGCCACGUACAUCAAAAUUAGCAGCACCAAUUAUGUUAUUACAAGGACAUGAAGGUGAAGUAUUUUCUUGUAAAUUUCAUGCUGAUGGAGAAAUUAUGGCAUCAGCUGGAUUCGACAGAAAAAUUUUUUUAUGGAAUGUUUAUGAUCAAUGUUAUAAUUGGUAUGUUUUAACGGGACAUGGUGGUGCUAUUAUGGAAAUACAAUGGAGUCCAGAUGGUAGUGAACUUGCUUCAUGUUCUACUGAUAAAUUAGCUUAUAUAUGGGAUAUAACAACAUGUCAACGUGUUAAAAAAUUAAAAGGACAUCAAUCAUUUGUUAAUUCAAUUGGUUAUUCACGUAUAGGUAAAGAUAUGAUAUGUACAGGUUCAGAUGAUGGUACAGUUAAAAUUUGGGAUAGACGUAAACGUGGUGAAGUUAUGACAUUUGAAUCAACAUAUCAAGUUUUAACAUGUUGUUUUAAUGCAUCAUCAGAUGCUAUAUUUUCUGGUGGUAUUGAUAAUACAAUUAAAAUGUGGGAUUUACGUAAACAAGAUAUAACUUUACGUCUUGAUGGUCAUCUUGAUAGUCCAACAGGUCUUGAAUUAAGUUAUGAUGGAUCAUAUUUAGCAUCAAAUUCAAUGGAUUCAACAGUACGUAUUUGGGAUAUACGACCAUAUUUUAAUGGUGUUGAUCGUUGUAUUAAAUUAUUACAAGGACAUCAACAUAAUUUUGAAAAAAAUCUUUUACGUGUUGCAUGGUCACCUGAUGGAAAACGUAUAUCAUGUGGAAGUGCUGAUAAACAUGUUUAUAUUUGGGAUAUUGCAACAAGAAAAAUGCUUUAUCGUUUACCUGGUCAUCUUGGUAGUGUUAAUGAAGUAGAUUUUCAUCCAAUUGAACCAAUUAUUGCAUCAGGUUCAUCAGAUAAGACUGUCUUUCUUGGAGAAAUUGAACCUUAA